CCUACUGUUCUUUGUAUAUUCUUUACGUAUACUUGUUCGCCGUGUACCUUUUGUAUAGAUUUAUUGUUAAAAAAUACUAUGGAUGGGCGAUGCCGUGGACCGUGUGUAGAGUGGAGCGACUAGUUGCCAACAACAAAAGUAACGUUACUGUAAAUUGCCUUCAGCACAGCACAGCGUGGUACAUUGCUCCCUUUUGAAGAUGGUGCCCCUGCAGUAGUUCUUGCGGGGAAGGGUGAACCUGCACAAUGCCUUGCCCUGUCCAGGUCCUAUGCCGGGCAGUCCGCACUGUGAGCCUGGUCCUCGUUUACUAUGUCUUCUCCAUCGGCAUCACUUUUUAUAACAAGUGGCUGAUGAAGGGCUUCCACUAUCCACUGUUCAUGACGCUGGUCCACCUCACCGUCAUCUUCUGUCUCUCUACCCUGACCCGCUCGGCCAUGCAAUGCAGGACAGGGAAGCCUCGGGUCAUGGUGAACUGGACAGACUACCUCUCCAAGGUCGCCCCGAUCGCCAUGGCAACAGCGCUGGACAUCGGACUGUCCAAUUGGAGCUUCCUCUUCAUCACCAUCAGCUUGUACACAAUGACCAAGUCUUCUGCAGUGCUCUUCAUCCUCUUCUUCUCAUUGGUGUUUAAACUAGAGGAGCCGAACCCAUACUUGAUGGUGGUGGUCCUUCUGAUAGCCAGCGGUCUGUUCAUGUUCACCUUCAAGUCGACACAGUUUAACAUGGAGGGCUUCAUCAUGGUACUGCUGGCAUCGUUCAUCGGCGGGAUCCGGUGGACCCUCACGCAGGUCCUGAUUCAGAAAGCAGAGCUGGGGCUCCAGAACCCAAUAGACACCAUGUACCACCUACAGCCGCUCAUGUUCAUGGGUCUCUUCCCACUCUUCCUCUUCAAUGAAGGACUGAGCCUGAGUACCUCAGAGAGGCUGUUCCGUGUGAAUGAGCUCUCUCCCCUGCUCUACUCUCUGGCCACACUGAGUAUAGGCGGAUCGCUGGCAUUUGGCCUGGGCUUCUCAGAGUUCCUGCUAGUCUCAAAGACCUCCAGUCUCACUCUCUCCAUAGCAGGCAUCUUUAAGGAGCUGUGUACCCUGCUGCUGGCAGCAGGUCUGAUGGGGGACAGGAUGAGUGGACUCAACUGGAUGGGUUUCGCUGUCUGUGUGUCUGGUAUCUCUUUACACGUGGGACUGAAAACCUACUAUUCCAAAAGUAAAGUUCACUCGUUGAGACAGCUGCCCAUCAAAAACAGCCCAGACCUGGAACUACCAUUAUUACGUCAGAAGGAAGACGAGGGGGAGGAGACGGCUACUGAGGACGACGAUGAAGAGCAAGAGAUUCUGAAUCAAACAAAAUGGUCGACUGACUGUCAUGUUCCAGGGAGGCCACAGAGGAACAGAAGGGAAGGCUUCUUACCCUCUUCUACAGCCAACAGUCUCUUCAGGCUUCAGGAUUUUUACCAGCAGUAAAAUGGUCAGACUCCCUGAACUGUAUCAAAUCCAUUUACUGUUGCCGUCAGUGAUGUGAAAGAGAAGUGUUAACUUCAUAAUAUGUGAAGUGACCAAACCUCACGUGCCUGAAUAAUGAUGGAAAGGUUCACUAGAAAUGAAGGACUACUGAUGUUUCAAAUGCAAAUGAUUAUGAUUUAACUAUUUUGAGUUAAAACAAAUUGGUUGUAAUUUGUAUCAGGGGGGUGGGGGGAGUGAGAUUGGAUCGUGUAAACAGUGCUUUUGUUAAUGCUACAAUGGGCUGUACGAUCUUUCUUAAAUUAAUUAAAACAUUUGCACAAAUA